CAUCAAAAGGAGCUAGAAGAAGAAGAAGAAGAGAAAAUCAAAAUCAAAGCUUUUCGAGAAUGGUGAAGGCUUACCUAAGAUACGAGGCUGCGUCCUCUUUCGGUGUGAUUUCAUCUGUAGAUUCGAACAUAACUUACGAUUCGACGGGGAAGCAUGUACUUGCUCCGGCGUUGGAGAAAGUCGGAAUCUGGCACGUCCGGCAAGGUGUCUGUACCAAAACCCUAAAUCCUUCCUCUUCUCGCGGCGGACCAUCUCUCGCCGUUACCUCCAUCGCCUCCUCUGCUUCUAGCUUGGUGGCAGUUGGGUAUGCUGAUGGGAGUAUAAGAAUAUGGGAUUGUGAGAAAGGAACUUGUGAGGUUAAUUUCAAUAGUCAUAAGGGGGCUGUGACUGCUUUGCGGUACAAUAAGGUUGGAUCAAUGCUUGCGUCUGGAAGUAAAGAUAAUGAUGUUAUCUUGUGGGAUGUUGUUGGCGAAUCAGGUCUUUUUCGUCUCCGUGGACACCGUGAUCAGGUCACAGAUCUUGUAUUCUUGGAUGGUGGUAAGAAACUUGUUAGUUCAUCUAAGGACAAGUUCUUGAGAGUCUGGGAUCUUGAGACCCAACACUGUAUGCAAAUAGUUAGCGGUCAUCAUAGUGAAGUGUGGUCUGUUGAUGCUGAUCCAGAGGAGAGAUUUGUUGUUACUGGGUCGGCUGAUCAAGAACUUAGAUUUUAUGCUGUCAAGCAAUACUUGUCUAGCGGAUCAUUGGUAUCUGAUUCAAAUGCAAAUGAAAUCAAGACGAGUGAAGAACAUUCGACAGAGAACAAGUGGGAAAUUUUAAAGCCGUUUGGGGAAAUUCAGAGACAAACUAAGGAUAGAGUUGCGAGAGUUAGAUUCAAUGUUUCGGGGAAACUGUUGGCUUGUCAAAUGGCAGGUAAAACAGUUGAAAUAUUCCGGGUUUUGGAUGAAGCUGAGGCUAAGAAGAAAGCAAAGCGCAGGCUUCACAGGAAAGAGAAGAAGACUUCCAAAGUGGGGGAUGAAAAUCUAACCGCUAAUGGUGAAGCAAGUGCUAAAAUUGAACAAGCUGAUACUGUUUCUAGUCCUACUGUCCCUGAUGUGUUUAAGCUUUUACAAGUCAUUAGAGCUGGCAGAAAAAUCAGCUCUUUCUCUUUUUGUCCGGUGACUCCAAAAGAAUCCUUAGGAACAGUAGCUCUCUCUUUGAACAAUAACUCCCUGGAAUUCUAUUCCCUUAAGAGCAGCGAAAACGAGAAAACUGUUACCAUUGAACACCAAGGACAUCGCUCUGACGUGAGGAGUGUUACCCUCAGUGAAGACAACACCCUUUUGAUGUCAACCAGUCAUAGUGAAGUGAAAAUUUGGAAUCCCAGUACAGGUUCCUGUCUCCGGACCAUUGAUUCAGGAUAUGGAUUAUGCAGUUUGAUUGUUCCUCAAAACAAGUAUGGUAUUGUUGGAACCAAGAGUGGGGUACUCGAAAUCAUUGAUAUAGGGAGCGCUACCAAAGUGGAAGAAGUGGAGGCUCAUGGUGGCACUAUUUGGUCAAUUACAGCUAUUCCAAACGAUAAUGGGUUUGUCACUGUCAGUGCAGAUCAUGAAGUCAAAUUCUGGGACUACCAAGUCAAACAGAAAUCUGGCAAGGCGACCAAGCAACUCACUGUUUCAAAUGUUAAGUCCAUGAAGAUGAAUGACGAUGUACUUGCUGUUGCUAUCAGCCCUGAUGCUAAACAUAUAGCUGUUGCACUGCUUGAUUCCACAGUGAAGGUUUUCUACAUGGAUUCCCUAAAAUUCUACCUCUCCUUAUAUGGCCACAAGUUGCCUGUGAUGUGCAUUGACAUCUCAUCAGAUGGAGAGUUGAUUGUAACUGGUUCUCAGGACAAAAAUUUGAAAAUUUGGGGUUUGGAUUUUGGUGAUUGUCAUAAGUCUAUCUUUGCUCAUGGUGACAGUGUUAUGGGUGUUAAAUUUGUUCGGAAUACCCAUUAUCUAUUCAGCAUUGGGAAAGACCGCCUCGUCAAGUAUUGGGAUGCUGACAAAUUCGAGCUAUUGUUAACGCUUGAAGGACAUCAUGCAGAGAUUUGGUGCCUUGCUGUCAGUAACCGUGGUGAUUUUCUCGUAACAGGAUCUCAUGACCGCUCUAUGCGUCGCUGGGAUCGCUCUGAAGAACCUUUCUUCCUCGAGGAGGAGAAGGAAAAGAGGUUAGAAGAGCUUUUUGAGUCUGAGAUUGAUAAUGAGGACAGGCAUGGACCCAUGGAGGAAAUUCCAGAGGAAGGUGUUGCAGCAUUAGCUGGCAAGAAGACGAUAGAUAUUCUAUCAGCUGCUGAUUCAAUUAUAGAUGCUCUGGAAGUAGCAGAAGAUGAAAAGAAUCGUCAUGCUGCUUAUGAGGAGGAGAAAACAAAUGGAAAAGUUCCUGAAUACCUACCCAACGCUGUGAUGUUCGGGCUUUCUCCGACCGAUUAUGUUCUCAGGGCCAUCUCAAAUGUGAGAACAAAUGAUCUUGAGCAGACUUUGCUGGCUCUACCAUUCUCAGAAUCUUUGAAGUUUCUUUGCUACAUGAAAGACUGGAGUUUAAUUCCCGAAAAGGUAGAGUUGGUUUCCAGAAUCGCAACCAUUAUAUUACAGACACAUCACAACCAGUUGGUAACAACACCGUCUGCCAGACCAGUCUUAAGCGUUCUCAGGGAUAUUCUGUACUCAGAAAUCAAGGCAUGCAAAGAUACAAUCGGGUUCAAUUUGGCCGCCAUGGAUCAUGUCAAGCAAAUGAUGGACUCAAGAUCUGAUGCUCCCUUCAAAGAUGCAAAGGCCAAGCUAAUGGAGAUAAGGUCACAACAAGCGAAACGUAUGGCAUCACGAGCAGAUACAAAGAUGGAGAAAAAGAGAAAGAAGAAGCAGAAGAAAUUAGAGGAAGGACAACAUGGCCAUGCUUUGUCUUUGCAACGGCGAACAUCGACGGCGGCGAUGGGAUCGAAGAAGGUGGUGGUAAUCGAUAAACGCCGAGGCUUUUCAGUCUCCGGAAGCCAUGGCUCUGCUUCUCUCAGGCGCUUCCGUCAUUUUCACUACCUGAAGAGAGAUUACAUGUUGUGUGUGUUUAGAAGGAAGCUUGGUUGUCUUUUUUCAAGACUUAGAUGGGUUAUCAAGAAACGGGUGAGAGCCAGAGUUAUAGUCAGGAGGUUCAGGAAAGCAAGGUGGAGAGCUCGAAGAAAAGAGAGUCCGGAAUCCGAAGUUUCUUCUAUCCAUCUGAGCUCAAACUCUAGAAGACGUAUUCGGGUUGCAACGUUUAACGUGGCUAUGUUCUCACUUGCGCCUGUUGUGCAAAACAUGGAGGAAACAGAUUUUCUUGGUCAUAUAGAUAGCAACAACAUCACAUGCCCUUCUCCAAAAGGGAUUCUGAAGCAGUCUCCAUUACAUUCUUCUGCAGUCAGGAAACCAAAGGUCUGCAUUAAUCUCCCAGACAAUGAGAUUUCUUUAGCACAGAGCUACAGCUUUCUGAGUAUGGUAGAGAAUGAUAACGACGGGAAGGAAAACAGAGGAAGUAUCUCGAUGAGAUCUCCCGUGUGUCUUCCCUCUUGUUGGUGGGACCAAGAAAGCUUUAACGGAUACAGCAGCAGAAGAAGCAUAGCUGAAUUGUUAAGAGAGUUGGAUGCAGAUAUCUUGGCUUUACAAGACGUGAAAGCAGAGGAAGAGACUCUAAUGAAACCAUUAUCAGAUUUGGCUUCUGCCUUAGGUAUGAAAUACGUGUUUGCAGAGAGCUGGGCGCCGGAGUAUGGCAACGCCAUUCUGUCAAAAUGGCCCAUAAAGAAGUGGAGAGUUCAGAGAAUUGCUGAUGUAGAUGAUUUUAGGAAUGUGUUGAAGGUGACUGUAGAGGUACCAUGGGCUGGAGAUGUAAAUGUGUAUUGUACUCAACUUGAUCAUCUAGAUGAGAACUGGCGGAUGAAGCAAAUCGAUGCAAUUACUCAAGGAGAUGAAUCUCCUCACAUCUUGCUGGGAGGCUUGAAUUCUCUUGAUGGCUCUGAUUAUUCCAUUGCUAGAUGGAACCACAUAUUAAAGUAUUACGAGGAUUCGGGAAAGCCGACGCCUAGAGUUGAAGUGAUGAGAUUUCUCAAGGGAAAAGGAUACUUGGAUUCAAAAGAAUUUGCAGGAGAAUGUGAGCCUGUAGUCAUUAUUGCCAAAGGACAAAAUGUACAAGGAACAUGCAAGUACGGGACACGGGUCGAUUACAUUCUGGCAUCUCCAGAGUCACCUUACGAAUUCGUUCCAGGCUCUUAUUCAGUUGUUUCUUCCAAAGGUACUUCUGAUCAUCAUAUAGUCAAAGUCGAUUUAAUUAUAACCAAAGAGCGGUCUCGAGGUAGCUUCAAACAUUCGCGCAAGAAAGCAAAGCAGAAGAUCUUUCAGAUUAAAGCUAAUUUGAUGUCAGGAGAUACAUGGAAACUAGGAAAUCUUAUGUCUUCAUAAUGUUUGGCCACUAAUUAAAAGGAACAACACUU